CCGGACCCCCCCGGGACCCCCGGCCCCAGCAUGGGGGAGAAGGCGGGCACCAGAGUGUUCAAGAAAUCCAGCCCCAACUGCAAGCUCACGGUCUACUUGGGCAAGAGGGACUUUGUGGAUCACCUGGACCGGGUGGACCCUGUGGAUGGGGUGGUGCUGGUGGACCCCGACUACCUGAAGGACCGGAAAGUGUUCGUGACGCUGACCUGCGCCUUCCGCUACGGCCGGGAGGACCUGGACGUCCUGGGCCUCUCCUUCCGCAAGGACCUCUUCGCUGCCACCCGCCAGGCCGUGCCCCCCCUGCCCGAGGAGCGCCGGCCCCCCACCCGCCUGCAGCAGCGCCUGCUCCGCAAGCUGGGCCCCGCCGCGCACCCCUUCGCCUUCACGAUCCCCCAGAACCUGCCCUGCUCCGUGACGCUGCAGCCCGGCCCCGAGGACACUGGCAAGGCCUGUGGCGUCGACUUUGAGAUCCGUGCGUUCUGCGCUAAAUCCCUGGAGGAAAAGAUCCACAAGAGGAACUCAGUGCGGCUGGUGAUCCGGAAGGUGCAGUAUGCGCCCGAGCAGCCUGGCCCCCAGCCCAGCGCCGAGACCACCCGCCACUUCCUCAUGUCCGAGCGCUCCCUGCACCUGGAGGCCUCGCUGGACAAGGAGCUCUACUACCACGGGGAGCCCCUGAACGUCAACGUCCACGUCACCAACAACUCCAGCAAGAGCAUCAAGAGGGUCAAGAUCUCUGUGCGGCAGUUCGCCGACAUCUGCCUCUUCAGCACCGCCCAGUACAAGUGUCCCGUGGCCCAGAUAGAGCAGGAGGACCAGGUGCCCCCCAGCUCCACCUUCUGCAAGGUCUACACCCUCACCCCCCUGCUCAGCAACAACCGGGAGCGGCGGGGGCUGGCGCUGGACGGCAAGCUGAAGCACGAGGACACCAACCUGGCCUCCAGCACCAUCGUCAAGGAGGGGGCGAACAAGGAGGUUCUGGGCAUCCUGGUGUCCUACCGCGUCAAGGUGAAGCUGGUGGUGGCCCGCGGCGGGGACGUCUCGGUGGAGCUCCCCUUCGUCCUCAUGCACCCGAAGCCGCCCGAGCCUGCCCCCCCUCCGCGGCCGCAGUCAGCCCUCCCCGAGACGGACGCCCCCAUCGACACCAACCUCAUCGAGUUUGAGACCAACUACGGGCCGGACGACGACAUCGUCUUCGAGGACUUCGCCCGCCUGCGCCUGAAGGGGCUGAAGGACGAGAAGGACGAGGAGGACCAGUUCUGCUAGGGACCCCCCCCCACACCCCCC